AUGGAACUUGAAGAACCUGGUGGUGAACAAGUGGAUGAUGACCCAGUCCAUCCUGCUGCCGAGGGUUUCACUGAUUCCUUUGCCGGUCCCAUGGAUGUGCCCUGUGAUUUCUGCACUGAGGGGAAUCAAAGAGCGGUGCUGUCCUGUUUAAACUGCACUGCGUCCUACUGUGAUUUCCACAUUGAGGAUCACUACACGGUACCAGCACUGCGGAAACACACACUUGUUGAAGUGUCUGGAGAUCUGGAACAGAAGCUCUGUCAGCAACAUCACAGAGCCCUGGAGGUGUUCUGUAAGACUGACCGCCAGCUCAUAUGUGCCCUAUGUCUGGUGAAAGACCACAAAGGACAUGCCAUUGAGUACAAUCAGCCAGAUCACCAGGUUUCGGCAGUGAGGCCAAACUCAGCAUGUUUGAGUUGGGAAGCCCCUGAAGGUCUGGAGCAACCUCAGAAAUUUAGAGUGACCUGGAGAGAUGACAGAAAGUUGUGCUGUCGUAUAGUCAAGGACAUCUGUCAAGUUACCAUAGAGGAACUGAAACCAGGGGAGGACUACUUUUUCAGUGUUGUCACAAUCGAUGAAAAUGACAACCAAAGUCAAACGGUGUCAGCACCGGUGCACACAGAAGUCAACUUCGUGUCUGUGUUAAAAGAUCUAGGACUGCACCAUCAUUUGAACCACAAAUUAACACUCAGUUCUGUCCUCGAGAUAUACGAAGAGACUUAUCAAGGACAAGAGCCGCAGGAUCUGAAAGCAAUGACACAGUGUUUUCUAAGAAAACUGAUGAUGGUUAAUUCUUCAGUAAGAGAGCUACAGAAUGUUGCUCCAAAGGAAACACUGACUGUUGAGGAAAGCCACAAAGAUGUCAAUCUCUUAGAUGUCAUCACAGGUCUCUUCCUUUGUGCUGAUCCUUCUCUUCAACAGGAAAUGGCCGUGAGAAUGUCUAAGUGUGAGAUUGCCUUUCCCUUUUUACUGCCACAUGCUAAUGCUCAGAUGUCUGAUACUAUUAUGCUGAGGGCUGUUCAAGAUACUUUGUGGGAAUUCACACCUAAUUUCUUGAGAGACAAGAAAUGCAUUGGACAGAAUCCAUUUUCAGCACCUGAUAUCCCGAUGAUAUCCUUUGUUAGACUAGGAAAGAACAGAUUAUCAAAAUCAGAGAUUUUAAACAGAGUUUUCAGAAACCACCACUGGCAAACUGACACAUUCGUUCACCGCAACAUGAAAUGGGGUAGCACACCCAGAACUAUAUCCAAUGGUCUUGCAGAGAUCAGCUGGUAUCUGCCUAAUGGGAUUCCCAACAGUGAUCUUGUCUCAGGGCCAGUAGCAGUUGUUAAUCUUAGAGGAGAUAUGAGGAAUUUUCAGGCUCAAUUCUCUAUGCUCUGCCGAUUCUCUGUUGCAGUGUUUGUGUUCUGUGAAAGUUUAGACAGUAACUUCCACAUGCCACAUUUUCAGAACAUUAAGAGUCAACUCGUGAUUGUGUGCACUUCAGGUGCUCACAGCUCCAACACAGAGAGGCUCCAGUGUCAGAUUCAGAAGCUUGCGAAGUAUCCAGUUGGCAUAAUCAAGAGGAGCCAGCAGACAAAUGAUGCGGAACUUGUGAACAAAGUUUACUUAAACUGGCUGCCAAAAGAAUUUGUGCCAGAUCCUGGGGAAGAGUACAAGAGGCAAUAUCAGUUAUCUGUGAAAGGUGAGGAGGCUGCUGAUUUGCACCAACAAAUCUCUGGAAACUCUCUUAGAAUGGAACAUUUCGUAAGAGAGAUUGGACAGCUCUUUGAGUGUGAUAUGUCUGAAGUCAGUGGACUUUACAACAUGCCCUAUGUCUUUUCCCAAGUAAUCAGUCAUGGAUAUCCCUUAGAGAUGAUCGAUGGACUAACUUCAAAUAUGCCUGUUAGGUGGAUUGAAUGGGUGAUUAGUCGAAGAGACCCCUACAUCAACAAAAUCAAAGUGGUCAGUGUUUUGGGUCCUCCAAGUUCAGGGAAGUCCACCCUUCUUAAUGCCAUGUUCGGUGUCCAGUUUUUCGUUGCAAGUGGAGGAUGCACAAAAGGUGCCUUCAUGACUAUAAUUGGAGUCAGAGAGGAUUUCACUGAAAAGCUUGGCUGUGAUUAUAUCUUGGUCAUCGACACUGAGGGACUGAAAGAACCUAAACAGGCUCAGAUGUCUGACAGCUAUGACUGGGAUCUAGAGCUAGCAACAAUGGUGGUAGGGCUGAGUGACAUAACAAUCGUCAACGUGUCCACGGAAAACAUGGUAGCAAUAGAUAACGCAUUGCAAAUUGUGUCACGAGCUUUCCUUCGUGUGAACGCGGUGGGGAAAAAGCCCUGCUGUAAGAUAGCUUACCAAAAUGUCAACACGGCCACCCACGAACAGAUGAUUCAGUCCAGGAACCAUCUUUUGCAACAGCUAAACGAGAUGACAGCUGUUGCAAGCAGCGUAGAAAAAAGGGAUGGCACUGUGAAAUUCACAGACAUAGCAGAGUAUAAUCCUGAGGAAGACAACUGGUAUUUCCCAGGUCCUGACUAUGGUGGACCACCAAUGACACCAGCCAGUGUGAAUUACUGUGAAACUGUGAGCAAACUCAAGAGGAAUAUAAUUGAGACAUUAAAAAGUAAGGGUCCUGCUCAGACAAUAAAAAACUUUUGUACGUGGAUGAGAAGUGUCUGGCAAGCACUGAAAUAUGAGAACUUCAUCCUCAGUUUCCGCAACUGCCUUGUGGAUGAGGCCUACCCAAAGCUGUGCUUGGACUUCAAUGGCUGGGAAUGGGCUUUCCAGAAACACAUGUGUGGCUGGAUUGCUGAAGCAGAAAAUACUGUGUCCAACUUUGACAAAACAACGUUAUCACCACUUCAGGAAUCAGAUUUGGAUGCCCUCUUGAACCAACUGAAAAAGCAAGCUUUUAAUGAGAUAAAGAAAGCAGCCAAGACCUUCCAAGAUGAAAUCUCAAACUAUUUCCAAAGACCCAAUGUAAAUGCAAAUCUUUUGGAAGUAUAUAGGGAAAACUUCGUCAGAAAUGCAGAAAAUUAUAAAACAGAGACAGAGAAAUCCAUAGUGAAGAAACUGGAGGCAGCUGUAGGUGUCAAAAAGCACACACUGAAGAGGGACAACACUGAGAGAAGCAACAAAGAAACAAUGGAGGGGAAAAUAUUUCAACUGCUGAUUAACGUUGAAGCUCAACACUCUUUAGAUGAUCAAAAACUUGAGGAAAGAUUUGAGGAAAUGUGGCACAGUGCAAUGCAAGAGCUGCCCAUUUCUAGUCCAAAAAGACAAAAUGUGGCUUUAGAUGUUAGAACUGCACUGUUGUCCAAUUUAGAACACAAAGGAAGCUCAGUGCAUGAGAUGUUGGAGAAAACAUCGGAUCUAGAAGAUUUUGGGAAAGGUGAGUUUAAGGUGGACCUUGACAUCAAAAGACAUUUCUUAGAUGUUUUCAGGAAAUCAAAACCCUCUCAGGAGACCAGUAACUCAUUAAGGACAGAGAUGCAGAGCAUGGCAGACAAAACUAUCCUCAAUUGCAAGCAGUUUGUUGAAGAAAAGGUGGCCUCAAAGACAGACUAUCAGAGUGCUUACACAAGAGAACUGCUUGGAAUUAUAGAUGAAGCCCUGGAGAGACAUAAGUAUCUGCAAAUCAGCACUGAAUUUGCAGCCUCCCUAAAGAUACACAUCUGUAGCCAGGCAGUUGGGGAGUUCAAGAAAAUGCAUGAUCACUUCAUACGUGACCAUGACCCUCUGAAGAGUUUGGAAAAACACAAACCACAGUACCUUGCAGAUUUCAAGGAUCUUUUCUACAAAAGAGACAUUUCCGAGAAAAAGGCAGAAGAAUUUACCUAUCUCUGUGUAGCACCAGCUGUGAAAGACUACAUAAACAAAGCACUUGGUGUCAGCAUUGUUGAUAUAAUUCUCUCAAAGCAUGAGGACAUUGAUUUCCAAAGCAGAUCUUCUUUUAGUUUCCACAUUCUCAGCUGUCUUCUCACUGAGGAUUUUGAGGCCAUUCGCAAGUACAUUGACGAUCAUGAAAGUUUUGUAUAUGAGACAGUUGUCCAUCAAAUAUCUAAAUAUUUUUCAAAUCAAGAGCAAAGCUUAUCAAAUGUGGCCCUGAAGCAUUUGAAGACGAUCACGAGAAGAAUAGGAGAAACGGUGGAGAGAGCAAACAAUGCAUGCAACAAUGAAGUUGAAGAAAAGGUAGACAAUUUGAAUAUGUCAAGUUUUACUGGAAAUUUCCAAAGAGAGUUAUCUCCAGUGCUUGUCAUUCCCAACAACACAACCCUCCUGAGAUCUGCCAGUGUGAAAACAAAGGCUUUUUCCAAGCGUCUCAUGAGAUCGAUAGAAGACAUGAAGACUCAGCUCAUUACAGAGCUCCAGAGAGAUCAGGUUCGGAACAUCAGGAGCACGUUAGACGGCCUUCCUCUACGACCUGUGGAGAUGCUUUUUGAUCGUGUGUUUAGAUGCAAAGCGCAGUGUCCAUUCUGCAAGGCACCGUGUGAAGCGGACGGAACAAAUCACACAGUGCACUUCACUGCCAUGCACAGACCAACAGGACUUGGAGGAUUUACAGAUGAAGCAGGCAGACUCUGUACAGAGAUAUGCUCCACACUUGUUGCCAGUGACAAAAUGUUCCAGGUUCCUGGAACCAAUGGAAUACAUCAUCCAUAUAAGGAUUACCAGAAAUAUUACGGUGACUGGAAAAUUCAGCCUGACACCAACACCAAGGCUUCACAAUAUUGGAAAUAUCUCUUUGUGAAAUAUCAGGAGGAAUAUGCCAAAGUGAAAAAUGCCAAGCCAGCUGAUUUGCCUAGUGACUGGUCUUCAAUCGCUGAGAAUCAGGCUCUUGAGAGUUUACAGAAGGCAUAUAAUAUUAAGAUACACUGA